AUGCGCAGUGGCACUUUCCUCCUGGCCCUGGCCAGCGCAGAGGUGGUCUCUGGGGACCUCCCCAAGAUCGGGAAGAAGUGGUGGGUCCUGGGCCCUUUCGCUUCCGGCAAGGUCGAGUAUGAAGCGGACCCGGUGGAACGGCUCGGAGGAGUCUGGCAGCUUUUUGGCUCCCGAAAGGCGGGUGUUGGGCUGCUGGCCGAGCACGCGACCGGAGGCCGCGUGUCCUGGAGAUGGACGGAGACCUUGAGUGGAGGUGGUGACGGGUGGGCUCAGAUCCAGCUGCCGCACGACCACAUCCCCUUCCAGCAGCUGCUGCAGAGCCCACCUUUGGGAUCCGGCAGCGACGUGCUCCACGUCCAGUACUGGGUCGUCGGGGCGCUAAAGGUGAAGACUUCGGGGCGCUUCGGAGUGAACUGCCGCGGGCUUCACACGUUCCACGUGGUCUUGCCGCAGGACGAGCAGGUCGUGGGCCCCUUUGCAGGGAACAUCUACAGCAGCACCCCCUUCACUGUCCCCAUCGACUUCGAGGCACCCGGGACCUACCACUUGCUCUCCCGAGUUCGUGGGAAGGUCCCUCUACGUUUCGCGUGCCGGCUGGAGACCCUCAAAGCGACGCUGAAGGGCAGCAUCCAGGCCAAGAACCUCCCGGAUGUUGUCGGAGGGAAGCUGCUCGUCAGCCCUGCACCCAUCGACUUGCGGGUCCAGAACACCGGAGCCUCGUGGCUGGAUGUCAGAGCUGAAGUGGCUCCGAGCCCGUCGUCGGUCGUGUCUGCUGCUUCAUCCUCUGUGCGCCUGGCACCCGGAGCCAUGGUACAGGUGCCCGUGCUGGUCACGGUGAACGGACCGGCGGUGGAGAAGGACGCGGCCGCCUGCGUUCGCUUUGAGCUGCGCCUCCUGGGCAGCGAGGACCAGACGGAGCAGGCCGCCCUCAGCGUUCCCGUGCAGCUGCGCUGCCGGCGGUCCACGCAGUCCGCGCUCUUCUCCUUCCUGGACGUGGACGGCUCGGUAGCCUUGGCCGCGGUGCUCAAGCCGAGGAGGCCCAGCGGAGAAGCCAUGCCGAUUCUGGUCUCGCUCUCUGGUGUCGGCGUGGAGCCACAAGCGCAGGCCGAUGCCUACAAGAUGAAGCCUCCGGGGGCGGAGGACUACAUCUUCGGCUACGAGGAGAUGUGGGUCCUGGCACCCCAGAGGGACGGACCGCACAACUGGGAAGACGUCGGUCUUCGCGCUGCCUUGCGCUCGAUCGAUGUGCUGGCAGAGAGCCAAGGGGCGGAUGCCGGGCGCCUCGUCGUCCACGGCCACUCGCGAGGCGGCCACGGAGCCUGGGCCCUCGCCACUCGCAUCCCCGAGAGGGUCCUGGGCGUGGCGUCGGCAUGUGGCUGGUACAGCCGAGAGGAGUACGGCGAUGCAAACAACCUUUGGGUGCAUGACCCCGCGCUGAUGCACAUGGACAAGCUGCUUCUGGGCAUCUUCCAUGCCAGCGUGGCAGAGAACGAGAACUCCUUGCACGCCUCAAACCUGAAGGGCCUGCCAGCCCUGGUUCGAACGGCAGCGCGCGAUCAGGCGGUGCCGCCAUGGUUCGGACGUCGGAUGGCAAGGCACCUGGAGGAGGAGGGUGCCAACGUCACCUUCCAGGAGUUCGAUCAGGAGCACUGGUGGUGGGACAGCCAGGAGCCCAAUGAUGGCGGCGUCAUGCACGACCCGGGCCUCCGCAAGUGGACGCUGGAGGCGGCCCGCCGUCCACGGCUGGCGCUGUCAGAUCUCCUGGCGCAGGGCGACUUCGUUCUGGCGGCUGGGGGUCCGGAGUACCAGGGGAGGUUCGGCCUUCGGAUCCUCCAGCGCCGGGGGCCAGCGGCACGGGGCUUCCUGACGCUGAGCAGAGCAUCUCCGGGGAAGCAGGUGGUGCUGACGACUGCCAAUGUGCUGCGCUUCGCCGUGCGGAUGUCGGGCGGCCUCGGGCAACUCCUGCAAAAGGGGGACGAGCUGCUGCUGGACGGUGGCAUUCUGAAGCUGGGCGAGGCGGAAGAGGUCGAGGUGUGCCAAAGCUCUCCUGGCACCUGCACCGAGUCUGGGGAAGGAUCCGGACAAUCUUGGCGUGUCUGCGGCCCCGGGGACUUGAGGCCCUCCCUGAGUCCAAUCCGGCGGGUCUUCGCAGAGCCCUGGGUUCUGGUGAUUCCGGAUACACCGUCGGCACUGGAGGUGCUGCUGGCCUCCUACUUCGUAGCAGGCCACCUGACGGCCGUGGGAACGGCGACCCAGGUGCUGACACAGACCGAGGCCGGGGCCUUUCGCCAGUCGCACCGCUUUGUCUUUCUGGGCACGGUGGCACGCCUGCCAUGGGGGAAGAGCUGGCCGCUCGAGUUGAGAUCCGGUGCGGGGAACACUCUUCAUCUGGGCGGCUGCCGCUUCGCCGGCCAGUACAGUGCCGUCUUCAGAGCGCCGGCAGAGGGCUCCAAAGCGCUCGGAGCGCUGGACUUGGUGGUGACGGCCUUAGAGAACCAGGCGCUGGUGGACUUGGUCUCGUACUCCUUCGCCACGAACCAGCCGCACACACGCGCGCCGAUGUCGAACAUGCUGCCGGAUUUCAUGGUGGCGGGUCCACACUUCCGAUGGAAAGGCUACGGUGGGGUCGUGGCUGCCGGCUAUUGGGAUGAGUCUUGGCAGCCGGCACCCAACUCUGCGUACUUUCGAUGCUGA